AUGAACAACAGGAAGAUACAGCUUCUGCGAUUCCAUCAAUAUUCUCAGAGGUCCUCCAGGCGAUCACCUCGAACCCAGGGUUAUACAAACCCCUGGAGCUCACCCAGUCUGGCCAGGAUACAUUUGAAGAUGUUGGAUCUGCCCAGCCCAAUCCAAAAGAACCAGAUGCUCAGGAGACUCAACUGGUUGAAGAUGAGCCUGAACCAACAGCUGAUGAAGAAAGGUUUGGAAAAGAUUGAACAGUUUAUUGUUGAUUUUUUGAAGAAACUCAACUAUGCUGCUGAUGAGGCAAACUGGCCUGUGGGGUUCAAAAGGGGAGAUAUGCAAAUAACCCUUCCAAUGAAGGAUAGUGUUCACCCUGGUCAAUCUAGAGGCCUCCAAUUCCCAAGAGGCAUAGAGGGAGGGACUAGUCGCUUGGCACGAUUCCUCCAGGUGAUGGACCUCUCACAUUUGGCUAUUUUAGAAAAGACACCAAUUUUGAUCAGGGAUGUUUAUUAUCACAACAUUCCCCUGUUCAUCAAGCAAGUUCGUGUUGAGGAGAUAGUCAAUCACCUUGCGAAAACCUUUGAAAUUGAGAGGACCCAUUUAUACAUCGUCAGGAGUCUCAAUCACUUUGAUAAAUCCUGUUCAAUCACUGAUGAGAUUGUUUUUUACAACCAGUUUGCUGGUGGCAGGGGAAUAUUUCACGGUGACCUGAAGAUUGUUUCCAAAGUGAAAAAUGAUAGGGUCACUGUUGAUGGGGCAUCAAUAUCCACAUUGAUCCCUCCAAUGGAGACUGUAAAAGAGGUUAUUCCUGGUCAAAAUGUCAGAAUGAUUUUAAUUGUUGAAAAAGAGGCAGUGCUUUCCGCAUUGGUCCAUAAUGGUAUUAAUAAUCACCCAGACUUGUCUCCUUGUAUUGUCAUCAGUGGAAAAGGGAACCCUGAUCUUGCCACCCGUUCUCUGUGCUACAAACUUGCGAGCGAUCCGGGACUCAUUCAAAGAAGGGUACCAAUAUUUCAGGUUCAUCGUGGUCUACUUCUUGAAAUGACAGAAAAGGAUUUUAAGGUGGCAAAAGAUAUUAUGUCUUCUGAAAGAAUGUCAGAGGCCCACAAGCAGGAGAUCCGGGGACUUGUUACUGGAAAGACCAAAGGGUCAAUUGCCAUUAUCAAUUCAUCCAAAAAUCUUCAAGGACGCGGGGGUCAAAAACUAAUAAGCUACCUCAAGAGGAAGGUCAUGCCACUCCUACUGAUUGGUAUUUUUCCUUAG